AUGUUUGCAUUGGCAUUAGAUGAGUAUGCCGAUCCAAAAUUAAAUGAAUUAGCUAAAGUUGAUUAUGUUGCUCAUGGAAUUAUUAUGCCAAUUUUUCUUUCUAUAGGUUUUUUAAAUCAAUGUAUGAAUGUUAAAACAUUAUCACAAUUACCUUCACCAGGAUUUUUAUAUUUAAAAGCAUCAGCUAUUGCUGAUAUUCUUUCAAUUGUAGCGUUAAUACCAUUUGUAUUACGUCAUAUGCAUGUUCAUUAUUGUUACUCAUAUUUGGCUAUGUUUUAUCAUGCACAUUUAGAGUUACCAAUUGCUAACAGUCUAAUAACAACAAGUGCAUUAUGUAUAGUUAGUAUGACAAUAGAUCGGUACCUUUCAAUAUGCCAUCCAAUAAAAUUUUUUAAUAAUGUUGAAUCUCGCAAAAGAAUAAAAAAUACCAUUGGAUGUUUAUAUUUUAUAAGUAUUCUUGUUUAUAUUCCUUCAUGUUGGCAAAAUUAUGUACAUGGUGAAAGUAUGGUAAAUUUAAAUAUAUCUUCAAGAGAUCGUCUAGAUGACUAUUGCAAACUUGAUGUUCAUUAUAAAGGAAUUAUUUAUAUGAAAAGAUUAAAUGAAGAGUUAAAUUUUAGUAUCAUUUUUACAGGAUAUCUUUUUUCAAGAGAAAUUAUCUCAAGAAUAGGGCCUAUACUUAUAUUAGUAUUGCUUAAUCUUUUAAUGGCAAAAUCUCUUUCAAAAUUUCAUCAACGUAAUCUUGAUAGAAGAAGAUCAUUUAGAAGAUCAUCUAACUCAGAAAGAAAUAGAAUAUCAGUUCUUUUAUUUAUUACUUCAGCAACAUUUAUUAUUUGCAAUCUUCCAGCAUCACUUCUCUCAGUAUUUAAGGGUCGAUUAACAGAUCAAUCAAUUGGAUAUCAAAUAUUUCGUGCUUCAUGUAACCUAAUUCAAUCAACCUCUUAUCUUUACAAUUUUUAUUUAUAUACUCUUUGUUCCUCAGAAUAUAGAGAAGCAUUCAUAAAAAUUAUAAAUUGUAAAAGGUAUAUUGAUGAAAAAGAAGGAAAUUCUAAAUUUGUUAGAGGUAGUAAAAUGAUUUUAUCAGUUAAUAGUAAGGAUAAAAAUAUAGUACCAUUAUUAAAUUCUCCAACACAUGCUCUAUCAACAAGAUCACCAGAAUCACCAUAA